AUGAGUAAAUUAUUUUCAGAACAAAGCAUGGAUAGCUUGAAUAGCAAACCUUUCGACGAUGCGAGCUUUAAUAACGAAAUUCUUGUUAAAGACCUCAAAGAUAUCAACCAAAAAAUCGAAAAUUUGAAAUCUGAACUAAAACUCAAGAAUAAUAAAGGAAGUCAUCAAGUAAUCAAGCGCCAGCUUGUUCAAUUACUUCGUCAGAAGAAAGAAAUUGAGCUUCAAAUCAAUGUUUUCGAAAGUAAACAACUCUCGAAGUCAUUAGUUUCCUAUCAACAGCCUGACAGCCACAAAUUCAGCAGUGCAAAUAACAGUGCAACAAGUUCUAAUUCCAAUUCAUAUAAAUCACCGCUACUUCACCACAGCAAUUCAUCAUUUACUAUUCAUUAUGGAAAUUCUCCUGAAAUAGUCAACAUUUUAGAAACUAUUUCUGACGCGUUAUCAGGUGAUUUUGUUCCAACGGAAAACGAAAAUCUCCAAAAUGAAUACGGCAUUUUAUUAAAAGAGUUUACAACAAACCCUAUUUCCUUAGAAUCCUUCUUUAAUUAA